UGUCAUACCUUUACGGAACUUGAAACUUUGAGCUAACUGUAUAACGAAGGGUGUCCAGUUCAUUGCGCUCAGUUUCUAUAUAUAAAAAAUGGAAACAAAAGGAUAAGCAUAUACACGUACCACUUUUGAUUGAAGUAUUCCUGAUCCUUGCUUUGAAAUGUCGGGGAAGCUCGAGACUAAACACGAUGCUCAACGCUCUCACCUGUCUUCCUUCACUAUGAAGCUGAAGCACAAAUUCCACUCUCCUAAACUCAAACGGAGUCCUUCUAAGAGUGUCCGCCAAACUCCCGAAGAAUACACCCGCAGUGUCGUCCCGAAAUCUGAAAACAAGCGUCAGAGUCAGUUAGAGGUCCAGGAGAAGGAGGUGGUCAGUGCCCUUCGGUAUUUCAAAAUCAUCGUGGAUAAGAUGGCUGUGGACAGCAGACUUCUAGGGAUGCUUCCAGGUUCUGCCAGCAAGGUUCUGGAGGCCGUUCUACAGCUGUUCCAGACGGAACCCACCAUGCAGCAGCGCCCUGCAGUUUCCUGUCUCCUGGGUCCUGUCUACCAGAGUCUGGCUGACCUCAUCCACUGGUCUGACCAGGUCCUUCUGAACGGAGCCAACCAGGACGAUAAAGAUUCCACCGUCACCACAGUGAUCAAAGCAGUGCUGGAUGGUGUGAAGGAGCUGGUGAAGAUGACCAUGGAGACAGAGGAAGACGCUUCUCAGACACCCCCUGUCAGACUCGCAUCACCUUCCCCAUCUCAAGCCUCAGCCCCAGCCCCAUCUCAAGCCUCAGCCCCAGCCCCAUCUCAAACCUCAGCCCCAGCCCCAUCUCAAGCCUCAGCCCCAACCCCAUCUCAAGCCUCAGCCCUGGGUGGAGAGGAGAUGAGGAACAGGAUGGAGGCCUGGACUUUAGCCCACGUCCAGCCUGCUGAGCCCCAGCCCCGGCCCCAGCCCCAGCCUCUCCCCAGUCUGAGCAGGGGGGACGCCCCCCCUAAGCCCCCCAUCUCCAGUGGGAACGCAACAGAAAACAGUCCUCCAGUCCUCCCACCUAAGAGACGAUCAUCGGUCCCCAGACUCCUCCCCUCCUCCACCCUCCUCCCCUCCUCCAGGAUCGCUGUGGUGGCCCCCAUGAGGAGAACCACUCUCCCACCCCCCAACAGCAUCCUGAAUAUACAGGAGUGUGAGGAGAAGUGUGUGUCAGACUGCAGGGAGGAGACUGUGGAGUGGAGAGCGGAGGGUGUGCUGGAUCAGGCGUUCCCAAGAGGGAGCUGGUGGUGGGACAGAGGAGCAGGAGACUCCCAGGAGAGGCUCAACAGACUCAGUGGACCCAGUUUAACUGGCUCAGAAGACACCAACAGUGACCAGUAUGAUCCGGACUAUGAUUUCCUGCUAGAGGAUCUGUCCAAUCAGGACACCCUCCCUCCCCUAGGGGGCAGUCUCAGCCCUGUGGCCGAGGCCACCAACCACGAGCCCUCCUCAUCCUCCUGCCCUCCAGCCCUGCCAGAGAAGAAGCGCAGAAGCCACGCCCCCCAGAGCCCUGUCUCCCAGAGCCCCGCCCCUUCAGAGCGUUGUCUCUCCGUUUACGACAACGUCAGCUGUGAGGACGACUGUCCGACUCCACCGUUCCCGCUCUUCCUCCCCAUGUUUCGCAGCAUGGACCAGGAUGAUCUCCCCCCCAAUAGCCCGCCUCCUCUACCAGAGAAGAAGACCCGUCACAUAUUGCAGUACAUGCAGUUUGUGGAAGACUACUGUGAGCCUCAGCCCUCGAUGUUCUACCACAGCAACCAGAGCAAGAGCUCCUACCACCUGAGGAACCAACGUUUCCAGGAGGCCUGCCAGCUCACGGACACCCUCCCCGCGCCCUCGCUGCCCCCCAAACAGAGACAGCAGGAUGACAGCAGUGCUCCGGAGGACUGUCAGGAGAUGCCUAGCUCAGAGAGUCUUCAGACAGACACAAGCGACCCGGACCUGACAGAAGACUGUAGUCUCAGCAACCAGGAGAAGGAGAGUUUGUCCCUGGUCGACCACUCACAGAUCAAGUCCCUGCUCACCCUAAAACAGGAGGACGAUGAUGGCCCAGAUGUGCGGGCAGGUCCUGGUGACAUCCUAUUGGUCCAUGCCACAGAGACAGACCAGCAAGAUAUAGUGAUGUACUACGAAGCCUUCUUGACCACCUACAGAACCUUCAUCACCCCCGAGGACCUGGUUAAGAAGCUGCACUACAGGUACAGCCGGUUUUGCCACAGCACGGACGCCAGCAGGAAGGUGGCGAGCCGGAACAGCUUCUGUGUCCUGGCCCGCGUGGUCGAUGAGCUCUGUGGAGUGGAGCUGUCAGAGGAGCUUCUGCGCUUCCUGUUGGAGCUGGUGUUCCGACUGCUUAUUGGUGGAGAGCUCAAUCGGGCCCGUCUCCUCCGAUCUAACAUCCUGAACAAGGUGGAGAAGAGGAGGAGGCUGAACUCCACCCUCUGCCUUUGCCCGUUGGCCGCACGCGGUGUAGCCGCCAGGCCAGGGACGCUGCAUGAUUUCCGAAGCCAUGAGAUAGCUGAGCAGCUUACGCUCCUGGAUGCUAAGCUCUUCUACAAGAUCGAGAUUCCUGAGGUGCUGCUCUGGGCCAAAGAGCAGAAUGAGGAGCGUAGUCCAAACCUGACACUGUUCACCGAACACUUCAACAACAUGUCCUACUGGGUGCGUUCCUUGAUCAUGCUGCAGGAGAAGGCGCAGGAAAGAGAGAAGCUUCUCCUCAAAUUCAUCAAAGUCAUGAAACACUUAAGAAAACUGAAUAACUUUAACUCCUACUUGGCAAUCUUAUCAGCACUGGACUCCGCCCCUCUACGGAGACUGGAGUGGCAAAAGCAAACGUCUGAGAGCUUGGAAGAAUACAGCUCCCUGAUAGACAGCUCCUCUUCCUUCAGAGCGUACAGAACAGCACUGGCUGAAGUUCAACCUGAACACCCCUGCAUACCUUACUUGGGCCUGAUCUUGCAGGACCUGACGUUUGUCCACCUGGGGAACCCGGACUUGGUGGAGGGUAAGGUCAACUUCUCCAAACGCUGGCAGCAGUUCCACAUCCUGGAUAGCAUGAGGUGCUUCCAGCAAAAUCAUUACAGUCUCAGACAAAACGAGGACAUUGUCUCCUUCUUCAACGACUUCAACGACCACCUGGCGGAGGAGGCCCUGUGGGAGCUGUCUCAGAAGAUCAAGCCUCGCAACGCCACGCGGCGCACAGAGCCACAGGAACGGACUUAGCCCCCGUUGGGAGGACGGCACAUGUGAGGCAGGACUAGUCUGUCACCUCCCAGGGGAAAGACAGAGGCAACACCAGGGGGAUACAUGGGAUCGGACUAAUGACACACUCCAGAGACAGUCUCUCACUGGACCAAGGACCCACUGGAGGUCCCCUUGAACCAAGGAGAGCUGGAGAGCUGGGUGAUGCAGCCUGGGGGGAAAUCACAGGUGGCACUUGUAUCUACUGUGUAGGAGAAGUACUGGAGAAGUACUAGGGUGACCAGACGUCCUCUUUUAUCCGGACAUGUCCUCUUUUUGACCUAAAAAAUGUGUCCGGCAGGGAUUCCAAAAUCGUCCAGGAUUUUGCCUCGUUGGAUAUUUGUGUUUCUCUGGGUCUUUCACAAACUAAUUAUUACGCCCCGGCCCUACAAGUUUUGGAAGUGUAUCUCCCUUACGUUCCACCUUCUUGCGCGAUCUCUGACCGUAGAGAGAACUGUCAUUGGUCAACCGCCUUUUUAGUGUUGCCAGAUGCACGAUAAUUAUCCUCCAAAUACGAUGAUUUUGAGCCUUUGGUAUGAUACCUGCACCUUUCCGCCUUUAUUGAAUAUAUGAGGAGGACUGAAAAGUGUCUUAAUUUUCUUAUAUGUUAAUAUAUGACCAUAAACAAUGCAUUAUUUAGAAUUUUGUAUUUGGUUUCGAUAUUGCUUUAAUAUAUGGAUGAGACACAUUAAAGACAUUAAACAACCACUGAAAACCACAGAAGCGAAUAAGUGUCCUCUUUUUCACAAACUCAAAUCUGGUCACCCUAGAAGUACUGUACUGUGUAGGAGAAGUACAGUAGAAGUACUGUACUGCAUAGGAGAAGUAGGCCUACUGUAGAAGUACUGUACUGUGUAGAAGGAGCACAAUAGGCUUUAUUGAACAGCCUUUCCUGCCAGAAAGAGAUCAUAAUCAUAAUUGUGUCAUUAAAUCAAAAUCAUGUGUAAUGGCACCAGAAAGUCUGAGGUACUUGGAAAGCAGUGGCUUUAUUGUAAAACUGAAGAUA